AUGCUUGCUUCAAAUGGGGGGCAAGGGUCGUUGGGUGAGAAUCUUCCCAAAUCGGUGAUUGACUGGUUAUACAAAGUUGUUCAAUCGAUCUAUAAGACGGACCCACGGGCCGCUUUCCACGAUUGCGUCGUCGCCCUGUCGUUGUACAAAUCCAACCUCAGGCCCAGGACGCGGGUAUUUACAAAUCCAAGUGGGGAAGCACAACUCCUGCUGUGCCUUUACGGUGACUUCGUCAACGUCCAAGUGUCCGGUCCAGUCCCCAUACUCAUAUGGGUUUGUUCUCAGUACCCGUUGAAGGCGCCAGUAGUCUUUGUAGAUGUGGAAAAAUUGGGUCCUGAUAGAGAGGUGCGUGUCGGUGGGCAGAUAGACUCCAAUGGUCAAAUUUACUUGCCCAUCCUACACCAAUGGGACCCGAAGUUGAGUAACGUGGUGAAGUUGAUCAAAGAACUGGAAACGUUGAUACAGACGCAGCAGCUUGUCACAGAGUUGGGCAGGCAGAGUCCCGAGACACCUGCGAUACCGAAGGAUACACGUUCAACAGGUGAUAAGCCGCCACUGCCGUUGAAGCCAAACCAAAGUAUCAGUUCUCCCAAAAGCAUAGAUCCAGAGCGCCAACAGGCGUACCCUAAAACAAUCGCUGAGACACUUCCGCCACCAAUCCCGGCAAGACCAGGGUUUGUAUCCCCUCAACCACUCCCCAACCGCAGGAUCUCCCCUCCAGUGGCGAGGGAGCCGGUAAACCGUCCCACCCCACUUGCUGACCUUGACCUUAUGGAUACCGACUUACCCCUUAAUACAAAAGAUGACCCACAUAAACAAGCAUUGGAUAUUCUUACCAAGAAAUUGGAAGGCUUGACUGUGCGCGAGCACUCUGUCGUGGCCGGACAGUUCGGGCAAAGGAAGGCGAGCAUUGAGAAAAGUAUCGCACAGUUUAAUGAUCUACUAGCCUUCGAAACUCAGCAAGUGGAACUAAUGGGGGAUCAAGUCGCCCAGUACACCAGCUCACUUCGACGUGAAAUGAAACGGCUCGACAACAACGUCUCAGACUGGGAGGCAAACUACGAAAAGGCGGGCAGCACCGCCAGACUGCACCAUACAGAGACAAGCGGACUGGACCAACUGUACGACCUCGUCGCUCAAGAUCUCGCCCUUGAUGACACGAUUGAGUUCCUGUACAGCCUGUUGAAUAGAGACAGUCUCUCCCUGGAUCUGUACGUCAGGAAGACAAGGGCUCUAGCCAAACAACAAUUCAUGAUCAGAUUGCACAUUGAGAAGAUAUGCAAUAUGCUCAAUGCUACUCCACAGGGCCUUGCAGGAUGA